GUAGAGAUCAUCAAUUAGGCAAAGCUAACACCUUUAUGGAAGGACAGAAGAAAAGACUUGAAAGUGAUUAUGACUUUGAAAUGAGAUAUGGAGCUGAUAAAAUCAUUCACAGGUCAAACUACGGCAUUAUAUUCAACGAUCUAAAAUAGCCAUCAUAUUAAAAGAGAAAAGGAAAUUGAAGAGAAUAAAAAGAAAGGGUGGCGUGCACCUCAAGAUAAAACUUAUGAACCACUCGGAAGGUUCAGUAACGUUGUUCAUGCUUUUGAGAAGUGUAAGAAAAGUAUACCUCAUACAAAACCAACAAAGAUUGAUCUGCUAAAAGCAAUAAAUAUGAUGAAGGCCUCUAAAAAUCCUAUCUUAAAGGAAAAACCUCCAAAAAGAACUCUAAACAUUAUAAAGAAGAAUAAAUAAGGCUUUAGAUGAGAUAAAGCAAGAAAUCAAAAGAGAAAGGCAAUAUUAUCAAACUAAGAACAAGAAUGAUCAAGACCAAGGAGAUUCUAGUGAUGAGGAGGUCAUACAGGAGAAACCACGUUAUGUUGACAAUAAGAAACUCAAUACUCCUUACUUCAAGCUGAUAUCUAAUGUGAAGGAUGGAUCUACUGCUUUGAAGCAAGAGAUUUCUAAGUCUGUCAAAAGAGUAAAGGCAGCAAGACAUGGGCAUUCUAUUGGAAGAAUUUUCCAGGAUCAUCAAAAUUCUUACUAUCUACCAUUAAAGGAAUCAUACAUCUCUAAAUAAAAAGGCAAGAUUGAUGAGACUUGAUAGUGAUUCUUCAGCUAUUUCUGGAAAAUCUAGAGAGAAAAGCAGGAUAUUUAAGACAGAACUACCUGAUACUCAAUAUUGUUCAGCUCCUGUGACAAAUUCUAGCCGCAGGAGAGUAAAUUCCUCUUUCCAAAUUACAAAGCGGGAUAGAGAUUCCAGCGAAGAUUAUCUAACAAGGUUUAGAGAGAUUAAGGAGAAAUAUGUAGAAGAGAUGAAGAACGUUAAUACUGAGAAUAACACCAUUUCUUUUAUAGUGAGAGAGAACAAUAGUAUUUCAAAUGAAAACCAUAAAUCUAUCAACAACAUACUCGAUUAUCAACCCACGAGACCUUCUAUUGAGGAUGAAGAAGUUCGGAUGGUGUCUUAUAUAAAUUCGAAGCCUAUCCAGCCAUACAUCUCUCUGUUGCCUCUCAAGAACUUCUUGAAGAAAGAGCAAGAAUUUACUAGGAAGGGAACAUUGGGUCAAAACACUAAUGACCAAUCGGUUAGCAAGAAAAGAAGCGAUAAAUCAAGCGAUAACGGUCAAAUUAAUUGGUCAAAAAUGCUGAUAGAAGAACUUUCUGAUCUUAUGAAAGAUAAAGAAGAUAAGCUUAAUGAAGUUAGAAAGAAAUCUCUUAAAACUCAUGCAGAGGAAUCUGAAAUGGGUGAUCAACUUAAUCCUCAAAAGAUUAACACAAGUGGGGUUAAUUCUGUCCGGAGGAGAGGAACAGGAUUGAAUUCGUUCUCUUCUAACCGCUUUGUUCAGAAUAAGAUAAAGGAAAAAUUUAAUAAAGCAUCCCCUUCUGUUAUUGGUGAUAUGGUGAAUUUGAGUAGAGGGAGAAGGAUCAGCACACUCAAUAGAUCCUCAUUUUCAAUGGAAACCAAUUGGGCUAAUAUUUCUCAGACAGACCCAAGGUUGAAUAAUAUAAAGAAGGCAACUAGAGUAGAGGAUCUUACUCAAGAAGACCUUGAUGAGGUAAAGAAAGUAUUCCCUCAAGAGCUUAUGGAAGUGCUAGAGUUUAAUGAUUAUAAGAAGAUCUUAUUUGAGCAUUUAGAAGAUCCUAAAUUUCAGAAAUUACUCAGCGAGAGAUUUAAAGUCCAUGAACUAGCUCAGCAAAGACGUCUUAAAGCAAAAGAGGCUGAUGCAAAUAGGCAAGAAAAUACCAUAGGAAAAGUAGUUGAAGAGAUGACUAGUAAAGAGUUAGAAGACCUUGAAGAAUCCAAAAAGAAAGAGAAAAUGAGACUAGAUCAAGAGCUUUUUGAGUUUAAUAAAAGAGGAGGAUUUGCUAGAGUCUUACAUGAUCUUUUCUAUAAUCCUGAUCCUAACUCUCUUGAAUUCGAUAGUGUCUACAAGCUUAAACAACUGUGAAUGCAGUAUUAUGAAAAGAAAGGAAGAAUGGGAAAAGAACUUGUAGAGACACUUGAUACUCUCAUAUGAGAUCGGCCUUAUAAUUUGUCCUCAAAGAGUAAGAACUUUGUAAUUGAGGAUCCGAACCAUCCAGAAGGUAUCAAGAGAAAGAAUUUUCAUUAUGAUAUUGAGUCAAUGAGGAUAAACGCAGAAAAAGAUAGAAUUGAGCAGUACAAGAAAGUUGCAGAGACAUGAGCCAGAACAUACUAUGUCAUUUGCAAAAGACUCAGUCUUUUGAACCUUGAAGAAGUUCAGCAUGCACAGUAUAUCUUAGAUUAUAUGAAGAACGUAAUCGAAUCUGGCAAAGAAUUUACAAAAGCUUAUUGGAUUAAAGUUCUUGAUACUCUUAAUUCAAAAGAACUGUUCAACACUGAAGUGCUAAAAGUAUUGAAGAUAUGCUUUGAAGAGCUUAACUUCACUCAAAAAGACGCUGACGAAUACCUCACCCACAUCUCAAAUACCAAAUCCCUCCAAUCCAAAUACCCAGCCUACGCUGAAAUAUUCACCCAUCUCCUACAAAACCCCCACCAGUCCACCUCCAAAACUCGCACCUAAAUUCUCCUUAUUCAACCUCC